AUGCAGCAGUACGUGAAGCCUUUCGACUUACGAUUCGACACAAAACCACAAAGUUUCAGAAUUUCAGAACCGUCCCAUAGGGUUCCCAUUAGUUGCAUUUUCCUAUGUCAAUUCGAUGUUAAAAAAGGCAACGAUCUUGUGUGGUCCAAAACCUCACCUUCAUCGCCGAAUAUACCAUUAGACAACUUAGAGUUCAAAAGUAUACCUUCUGGCAUACAUGAAAAGCAUAAAGACGUCGUCAGUUUUGUCAUUCGCAAGCAAGAUUCGUUCGAGGAUGUGUUUUACGGUGUGUCGUGCUUUGAACAGAAUGGAUUGGCUUUAAGUGGAGAGACAGACCAACUGGACCGGAGCGAAGUGCGUAUGUACUCGCUCGGCAUAGUGCUAGACGUAAAUUUUAGAUACAAGGGUGUGUCAAAAUCGAAAUACUAUGAUUGGAAGCCUAAUCAGUUCGUCAGCGCAGCAGAAUACAUCGACGACAUCCAGGAUCUUUUACUACAUUGGUCCCAGAAGCAAGCAAACAUUACAAGCGAAAACCUCAAUUAUGAGCUUUUUGAAACGUAUUUUGAGUCCAAUUGCAUAAAGCCGGAAACGGCAAGUUUGUCAUCGCCUAUUCUUCGGCAAUCAUGGCAAAGUUCAGCCACUUUCACGGGAUCCCCAAGGGUAUUGCAGGAUAAACAUCCUCACAUGCUGGAAUCUCUCACUCAAUGGUUUAGUUUCCUUGGCCCUCUCAUUUUCCCCCUCUGGAAGGCCGCUAUAGUACGACGAAGAAUACUGAUAAUUGUGGGGGACGGUGUUUCAUUUGAAAAAUGCAAUGCUUUGGUUUAUUGCUUGUCCAUUUUGUCGCUAUUCCCACACAAUAUCUCAGAUGGAGACCAUGAGCAACCUUUGCAACCUCUGUACACGAUCGGAAUUACAGAUAUUGAAGCUUUAAGACAGCAUGUUGCUCGAGCAAUGUCGAGUCAAAAUGACAAUUUCGAAAUCUCGGGGUUCGUUGCCUGUACCGGAGAUGCCAUAUUGGAAGAUCGGCCAGAGCUGUACGACGUUUGCUUGAGAAUAAAUGGUGACGAUUCAUUACCUCAUAUCAAAAGUAGCGAGGGCAAUACUAUCAAAGCCACACCACAUGAACUUGAACUUUACCAAAAGCUGGUACCCUCGUAUCUGGGAUAUGAGCUGUCACACGAAGAGGUGGAGAAAAUAAAUCAGUUGAUAGAACCAACGACUUGGUCUCAGUACGUUAUCGAUGGAUUUUACUGGUGGGCAACCGCAGGGUACAUGAAGCCAUCGUAUCACAAGUCUGACGAAGACCUCAUGACCGAAGUAGAUCUGGAACGCGACAACAUUGAAAUUGUCUUGUCGUUGGUUGGAUAUUUUCAUGGGAGAAUUUCAAGGCUGUAUGAUACUCUAAAAAAUGCUUUGGAAUCAGGCGAAGAAGAUAUCGUAACGGUCUCUCCUAUUUUUCUCACCGCAAAUUCUUUGGACUGUUUCAGCCAGGGAGACUACGAUUUCUUGAGUCUAGUGUGUCGACAUUGGUUCAACAGAGUGUUGCAAGUAAGGAGCAUUGAUUGCAAAUUGUUAUGUUGA